AAGCGACGAAGGAAAAACGGAUGAAACAUUUGUUGGUAUCUGAAAACAGUCACGCAAAUCACAAGGCUAACGAGAGUUUUUGAAAAUAAAUUGUGGACUGUAUAAGACGCGCGUCAAUCAUAUUAUGCUUUUCUAAUGACUCUGGACGGCUUACUGCUAAAUAGCUUAUCAACUAAAAGUCAGAAACGAAAGGAAUUGCCCGAAUUGAGACGACAAGACACGUACUUCACUUGGACCUGAGUGGAACGGAAAACGAAAACCGGCUACGCGCCAAUUAAAGUGAAAUCUUUCACGUUUAUACGAGUCGUGUACAGUACAAUAACUGUCCUAGAAAGAUUUACAAGACUUUACAUCAGUCAAAACAACUUUCGCUGUCGGCAGAAUUGCUAAACGACAAACCACAGCAGUAUUUGGUGACGUAAUACGAGAUUCACGCAGUGCUGUGUGGCCACAAAUCACAUGAGACUGACGAGAGUUGUCAUAUUGCUAUACGUUGCGGAAUAAAUACAUCGAGACAAGCUAUAAGUGUUCUGUUCUGACCUGCACUUUAAAAAGGCUUGGAGUCACGCGGUGUUUGGCGACCAUAAAGACGAAAGAACAGUAUUAAGAAUAGAGCUAUCUCGAAUACAGACGUGAAUCUGUUUGUCUGUACACAUAUACAGACCACACGAAAAGAGCCACUACAAAAUUAAAGAUAAGAAAUCGCUGACAUAUAGAGGGUGGUCUUGUUAUAUAGCCUUUACAAGUGACACGUAUUAUCUUUUGAAGAAGAUUUCGGAUUUGGGAAGCGUGGCAUAUCUUCAGUGUCAGAAAGAAAGCAAAACAAGCUUACGUUUGUAAUUUUAAUGUUGAUUGAUUCAAAGAACUCGUGCUGGGAAGGAAUUAGGAGGUAUUUUGUAAAGUAUACUGUGUUUAUUUAAAGCAUACAGCCUUUCCGCUCGUCGAUAUAAAGAACCAAGGAAUUUGAGAGGAAUAAUUAUUAUUAAACUGGUUACUUUGGUCGUUUAAAGUUUUCGAAGCAAUUUGUGAACACCAUACUCGACAGAAGAAACCAAGUAAUACCAAACUGGUAAUACCAAAGCUUUGAACCUUUGAUUUAUAAUUGUAUACAAUUGUCUAAAGUGUCUAAUAUGGUAUAUAUGUGAUCUUGGAGUAAUAUUUUGGACGAUUUUAAAGUUGAUUUACUGGAUAUACUUCUGCAAUUGUAUACUGGUAAAAUUGUCAGGAGGAAUUUUGUCUUUCAAAAACAGUGUCACAGACGGACCAUAUUCGCUUACGUCAUGUAUAAUUCACGAAAACCCAAAGUUUUAUUCCGUCCAGCGCGAUGGCUAGUCUCAUCUCUUCGCUAUGGAUUCUUAAUGCCUAUGGCUUGUGGGCGACGUAUGUUCGCUGCUAAGAAAGAUGUCGAGGACUUCUCAUCUCAUAUACAAUGGGUGAACAGCAAGAUUAAAGAUCCCAACUAUCAUAUUGAAUCGUUAGCAGAUUUGGCGAAAGGAACUUCACUAUUACAAUUAGUUGAUAGUUGUUUAAAAAACUCUAGCAAAUCAAGGCACGAAUUUGUUUUCGGUGAAAUGGACGAUUCGCGAUGCUUAAGUUUGGUGAAAGUGCGAGUGUCGUUAAAUCUGAUGGAAUCGAAAGGUGUCAUAACGAAAGGCGAGUUUUCGGCCGAUCUCAUUGCGGCUGGCGACGUCGAACAUAUCAGAGGAAUCGUUGUUAAAUUAGCGCUAUUUCCUACGACUUUACAACGCGGACAAAAUUUGCAAGCGGCCGAAAAUGGACCAAGUAGUGUUGUGACAGAGGUUUGGUAGGCCUAGUAUUGGAAUACAGUAUUGUAUAUAGUAUUGGAAUUGCUAAUAGAUUUUAUUUUAUAUUGUAUGAGAUAUUUGUGAAUAGAAAUCCUAAUUAAAUAUAUUCAAACUGUUAGCUAUUUUAUAAGUCUUUUUUUGCAUGCCACCGUUCGUGCCUGGUUUUCAUAUGAUGCAAUCGUUUCGACAGUUCAGAGUUCAGACGUUUUAUGUCACUUUAUUUGCA